AUGAGCGUCACAAGCCGAGGAAUCCUCCGUGGUUACCUUUCCCGCUUCCAGAGCACCGAUCAACUUACAUCUCAAGUUGUCUCAGUGCAGCGGCUGACACACUUGGCGACAGCCCAGGUUGUCGGAAGCUUCUGGAUAGACUACAAAAUUGCCACCGUGGAGACGUUCCGGGAGCCGUACCUCGUGCCACCAAGUGGUGAGCACGUAUCUUCGACAUGGUUUUGCCUGAGCAAUGUCUUUUCAUUUGCUAUGAGAGAAAUCAUGGCGACUGUCGUUUGGGGAGGCAAUGAGGGGGCGAGCAUCAUUCAACUAUCAAGCAUUCUCGCCAUUUGGUACAUGCUUUGCCAUAUAUUCGCGCUAUUGCUUAGGCUAGACAAGUAUUUCAACGGCACCCCCACGCCAGUCUCGAACGAUAUUCGUAAUGCACCAGUUGUGAUCUUGACUGCGUUGUCGGAUCUACUUCGCGGCAUUAUGCGUCAAAUCGGCGACCUGGCAUUGAACACUGUCUUCGCAGAGUGCCAGGAGCAAUUAUAUACUACUGUUGCUUGCGGUAAUUGCUUGCGAUUGACAACAGACGGUACCAAACUUGUCGGUGGCACUCUAAGGCGCAUAUUCCUCCUCCUGUGCUAUAGCGAUAAUUCCUCUCCCGAAAUCAUAUUUGCUAAGUCAAUAUUCAUCGUAUUGCUCCAUCUAUUCUUCCUAGUAUUGGCAAUGUCCAGUGGUAAUGAUAUCUGCGUCAAUCCUACCACGUCGCGUUGCAUGCGUGUCAGAAAACACAUUCAUGAUAACGCAGGUGCCGAGACCGAUAGUGCAGGGAAAGGACAGAUAAAAAGGAGCGAAGAUCAUUCGUACUUGCGGCAGCGCGGGGCGUUGUCCCGAUCACGCGAGUAUAAAGGUGGAGCUGCGGCGCAGACCUCCUAUAACAUGUGCGAACGCGCUGUGAGGCUGGCGGUGUGGAAUAUUGGACGGCUUGUAAGAGUACAUACUCGAGGUGGAAAGGCGACCCAGCGAUCGAACACCUUCCACGACAUCAGAGAGGCGAGUAGCCUCAUACAUGCUGUGCGGGGGUCGAGAAAGCAAUUAUCAGCCCGAACGAGUUCCGCGCCAGAGAAUCUUCGCAAGGCAGCCAUCGAGCGUGGAGCAAAAAGUGAUAGGAAUAACGGGCCGUCGAGCAUUAGUAGAGGUACCGCGGAGGGCAACGCGGGAGGAAUAGGGUGCGAUCUUCUGCUGCCGCCAGCUAUCACAUUACUUCACCAUCGCCGUUCAAAUCCGGAACAAAAGACGACUCUUUUCUUCGAGCAUGAGGCGCAGUGGAAUGAGAUGCGAGCGAGCGCGAGGGGAUGA